CAUUCUGGACUUGAUCUUUUACAUAUUGAACAUUCAUGGGAUAGGGAACUCAUACAAAAUAUCCUAAAGUCAUUGCAUGCAUUUCUGAUUUGAUAUGAAUUUUCUAAGUUGGAAGUUCAUUUUGUGCAUAUUUUUGGUCAUUACAUUACAUAAGCAAGUUGAUAUACCUGAUCAUUGAUUUGAUGCUGGUCCUUUUGAGGACAUUGGAGGGAGUGUUUGAAUGUGUGAUGUGCAAAAUGAUUGGUCCUGGAUUGGUCAUUUGGUUAGGUUUUGAGUCUUGUCUUUGUACUAGAGUUUUGACCCAGUUUUAGGGUUUGUUUUUGGUCCAUUCUUUGACUUGGUUUGGGGUCUUCUUUGCGGUGUGAGCCUUUGCCUCUUUUGCAUUGGUUUGAUCCUUGAUUUGUGAUUCAAUUCAUCUCCUGCCAUUGUUUGUUUAUGCUUUGUUGUGUUGGAUUGGAUAUACAUAAACUAACUUUGUCGCUUUUUUCAGGUGGAUACUCAUCAUUGAUGAUUGGGUUUGUUCUCACCUUGUGAGAUACAAAUGCAUUGAGUUCUGACCUAUUUCUGUUUUGUAGGGUUUUAAUUGAUAUGGUGAGCUCAUGAGCUUGUUUGAGUGCUAGAGCACUUAUGCAUUGAAUUGUGUAACUGUUAGAGGGUUUCACUGCUUGUCUUCUGGUUUUACAAUUGAACUAUUAACUGUUUAGUCUUUGUACAGGUACCUUAGUUACUUACUUGCUUUAGCUCUUGCUUGAGCAUUGGGUUGUGGUUGACACACCACUCAGGGUACAUUCUUGAUUGAGAUUCUGGAUGAGAGACAUCCUUGUUCCAGGUAUGAGGACCGACUUAAAAGAUGAUGUUGUCUACAGUUUCUUUGAUCCAGAGAUUAGCGUGUUGAAGGGCAUGAUAGCAUUGAUCACGCCUGACCAUGUGGGGAUGUUCCGUGAGGCUUAUGGCAGCAUUAUGAAGAUGGUUUUUAGGCUCACAGAUGGGGAUCGGAGUGCCAUCCAUACUCUUCUCCAGUUUUAUGAUCCGGGUUUGAGAUGUUUUGUCUUCCCAGACUAUUUGUUGGGACCUUUGAUGGAGGAUUAUGCCGGUAUUCUGGGCAUUCGGGUCAGAAACCAAAUUCCAUUUUAUGUUACCAAGGAAAAACCUGAUAUUGUUGAGAUUUCUCGUGCUCUUUAUUUGAGCCCGGAAGUGACUAAGAAAGGUUUGAAGGAGAAAGGGAAGUUGCCCGGUUUUCAUCUGAGUUUCUUGGAGGCCAAAGCCAAGGAACAUGUUGUUUUGGGUAAUUGGAAGACUGUUUGUGCUUUGCUUGCCGUAAGCAUUUAUGGAAUUAUUCUGUUCCCUAAUCUGACGAAUUUUGUGGAUAUUAAUGCCAUCCGGGUGUUUGCUCAGAAGAAUCCCAUUUCUACCUUGAUUGGGGAUGUUUAUUAUUCGAUCCAUAAUCGGAACGAGAAGCGGUGUGGAGGAUUGGUUAGAUGUUGUGCUCAAUUGUUAUAUAAGUGGUUCAUGGGAUAUUUUCCUUUCAAGGGUGCCUUUGUCUUUCUUGACCAUACGGUAAAUUGGGCAACCAAGUUGAUGGGUUUGUGAGCCAAGGACAUAGCUUGGACUCACAUUGAUGUAGCUGGACGAGAUUUUAUUUAUAGCUGCGGGAGUUUUCCCAAUGUGCCCCUUAUAGGAGUUCAAGGGUGUAUUAAUUGUAACCCGACGCUUCUUAAGAGACAAAUGGGAUUUGCUAUGGAGGUUCCUCCCCUCGAGCGUGAGAUUCAAGAGUCUUUCUACUUCCCGGUUGAGGGUAAUCAGUCAUUGUUGGAGCAAGUGUCUGAUGCAUGGCGCAACAUUCAAAGGAAAGGCAUGAUUCCUUUUGGUAGAGCUAAUAACAGGUCUUUUCCUCCAUUUGAUGAUUGGCUCAGAAAGAGGGUCGAGCUCACUCGUCUUCCAUUUCCCGUGGGUGAUCUUUGGUAUCCGUUGAUUGAGGAGCCACGCUCUUCUGUCAGUAUGGAAGAAUUUCUUGAGAUGAGGAGGGCAAGAGAUCAACUGCAAGCAGAGAAGACUGAGAUAGAAAUGAGUGUUGCUGGAAUUCAACUGGCUAAUCAGGAAAUCAAGGGGAAAGCAGAAGACCAGGCUAAGAGACAUACUCAGGAGGUGAAGCGUUUUGAGAAAGACACCGCCUAUUAUUAUAAGAUCAGCCAAGCUUUAGAGUCAUCUACGAAGGAGCACGACCGUACCAAGGAGCAGUUGGCUAGAGCUUUGAAAGUCAUUGAAGAUGAAAAGAAGAGACAAGUCCUUGUGAAGACUCAGAGGGAAGCUAGAGCCAAAGCCCUUACCACAGAGUGGGAAGCGAAGCUGAGGGUUAAGGAAGAAGAGAAAGCGAAGAUUAUGGCCGAGAGAGAUUACUAUCUUACUGAGAGGGACCAUUAUUUCCGUCAGAUGAAGAUUCAUCAAAAAGAGGUGGGAAGACUUCAGCAGGAGAACACUGAGCUCAGGUUCACUAUGAAGUUUACCGGGAUGGUUGAUGAUGCAGAGCCUUCUGUGGGACCUUCUUCAGAUUAGAUUUUUAUUGCAGUUGUUAUCAUGUGUUGGGUUACCGUCAGGCAUGUUGACGGAAUUCACUUGCUCGUAUUUCUUUCUGAUUCUGGAGGAUUGUAAAGUUGAUUUGUAUCUGAUAUGAUAUAUGACUCUCGCACAUGUUGCGCACUUUUGCUAUACAGUGGUUAUUAUUGUUCAGUGAUUGAUCUGAAAGCUUUAUUUGCUUUUCUGUGUUACACUUACUUAACACACACAUGGUCGGGUGAUAUCUUUGCUAAAGGACAACUUUCAGUUCUGUACGACAAAGCCAGAUGAUUUAUGUCAGAAUGUUGCUGUCGAAUUAUUAUCCGUCUCAAUGAAGCCAGGAUCGAAGGACAGAAUGUUCCUCAUACGGAUAAACAUUGCAUUCAUGCAUGAAUCAUAAUAACUUGUCCUCUAUUUUGCAGGUGUCGGUUUCUAACGUGUUUGGUUGUUACAGGAAUCAUUGCUCGCGCACGCAGAAUCAUCCCUCUGCACGUAACUCGUCCGCACAGAUACUUUACCAGACGCAACAAGCCUAGACUGAUGGAUCCAUCCAACGUUGACAUUCUCGAGCUGAAAUAGAAAAUGAGUGAGUUGAUCAAUGCCAUGCAAGGGUUCUCCCUGGAGCAGAAAGCAAUCGCCGAGAAGGUGGAGAAGCUUGAGCUGCCCUCGAUUGCCAAUGAUGGCAAUAGUCAAGAGGGUAACUCCAACCAUGGUCUUGGUGGUUCUAGGGGUGGUGGCGAUCCCAGAAGGAAGACAACUAAUGGUGGUGUAUUCAUCAACAAUGGUGGUGGUCUUGGUUUUGCUGUAGGCAGUGGCCCAGGUCAUGUUGGCAACAUUCUGAAGGAAACUCAGUUUUCUCCUUUCUUUGGGGCUGUGGAGGAUAAAGAAGAGGAUCAGUUCUCUAUGGUGAAUGAGCAGUUCGGUCAGUAUGGUGUUCAACCGUCGAACAAAGAGAUUCAGGUACUAGCAGAAAAUAUUAGGGCUCUGGAAAGCCAUACCACUCCUGGGACUAUUGACAUGACAAAUAUGGGACUGGUUGAGGGGAUUGUGAUCCCACAGAAGUUCAAGAUGCCCACGUUUGAUAAGUACAAUGGAAGUUCUUGCCCGGAAACUCACCUUCAGGCCUUUGUUCGAAAGAUAUCUGCUUACACCAUGGAUCAGAAGCUCUGGAUGUACUUUUUCCAGGAUAACUUAUCUGGCGGGUCUCUCGAGUGGUACACCAAGUUGAGAUCGUCAAAUAUAAAGAGCUGGCAGGAUUUGGGGGAUGCUUUCUUCAAACAAUACCAAUUUAACGCUGACAUGGCACCAAGCCGUACCCAGUUGCAGGGUAUGUCUCAAAAGCCGAACGAGGGGUUUAAAGAGUACGCACAAAGGUGGAGAGAGUUGGCUGCCAGGGUUCAACCUCCAUUAGUGGAUCGGGAGAUGUCAGAUUUGUUCAUGGGUACUCUUCAGGGGACUUUUGCUGAGAGGAUGGUGGGAUGUCCAGUUACUGGUUUUGCGGAUAUAGUAGUGGCUGGUGAGAGGAUUGAAAGCUGGUUGAAAAUGGAAAAAAUACAAGGAAAUGCUCCGUCGUCUGGAUUGAAGAAGCCCUUCGGAAAUGGUCAGCGCAAGAAAGAGGGUGACUCGAGUGCUGUGUAUGCCCAAAGAGGACACGGCAGGAAUCAUUACUACCAGCAUACUGCUGCAGUAACGAUUCCUGCUGAUAAUCAACCCGCACAACAGCAACAGCAACAGCAGCCACCUCAGCAGAGAACACAAAGGGCUGGGUACCAAGUUAGGGGAAGGAUGGCAGAUUGCCAGUUUGAUAGGCCACCCAUGACGUAUGCCCUUCUGUUGAAGAAGUUGAAGGAUCUCGGGUUGGUACAGUUGAGGACGUUAGCUCCGUUAAGACCAGAUCAGAGGCCUGCAAAUUAUGAUGAGAACGUCAAGUGUGAGUUCCAUUCUGGUGCUCCCGGGCACAAUAUUGAGGGUUGUAAAGCCUUUAAGCAUGUUGUCCAAGACUUGGUGGAUUCCAAGGCCAUCAAUUUUGCACCAUCGCCGAAUGUUAAUGCUAAUCCCAUGCCAACGCAUGGUCAAAUGGGGGUGAAUGUAAUUUCUGAGGAUAAAAGUAAAAUCGGGGUGACGGAUGUAGAUCAGUUGAGGACCCCAAUGUCUGUGGUCAAGAGACAUUUGUUAAAGAAUGGAAUUUUUCCUGGUUGUGGUAAUUAUUGUGCUGCUUGUGCUGUAACUGCAAAUGGGUGUGUAAUGUUGAGGGAGACGGUUCAGAAAAUGAUGGAUGAGGGAAGUCUCCGAUUCGAGAAAGUUGCCUUGGAGAAUGAGGAUAUUUCAACGAUAACCAUCUAUUUCGAUCCUGUCCACUUGUCAGUGUCGGCAGAUGUGGUUCCAAUUACCAUCACGGUACCUGGACCUAUUUCGUAUGAAGGUGAUGGUGAUGUGCCAUGGGACUAUGGUGGUGAUGUGUAUUGCAAUGGGGAAAAGCAGGAAGAUCAGGCUGCAGUUGAUACUGCCGUUUCAAAGGUAGACAAUGUCGGGCUUAGUGGUUUCACUCGCAGCGGAAGGUUGUUUGCACCUAACACGUUGAGAGGUGGUGAUGUAGAAAAAGAACAGAGAGAUAAGGCAGAGGCUUUAGCCAGGGCAAAAGGAAAGCAGGUGGUGAAUGAGGAUACUCAUAGAGCGGCACAGGCGCCUGUUGAGCCGGAAAGUGAGUUUGACGCUGAGGCCGAGGAGUUUUUGAGAAUUAUUAAGAAGUCUGAGUACAAACUUGUUGAUCAUUUGCAGCAGACUCUGUCCAAAAUUUCGAUCUUAUCUUUGUUGUUAAGUUUAGAAGGUCAUAGAGAUGCUUUGUUGAAGAUCUUGAAGAAGGCCUACGUCCCGCAGGAGAUUACAGUCAAUCAAUUAGAGACAGUGGUAUCAAGUGUUAAUGCCAGCCAUGGGUUGGGUUUCACUGAUCUCGAUCUUACUGUGGACGGGCGCAAUCAUAAUAAGGCACUACACAUUUCGAUGGAGUGUAAAGGAGCUGUGCUUUCGCAUGUUUUGGUUGAUACAGGCUCGUCACUCAAUGUGUUGCCUAAGAAGGCCUUGGCUAAAUUGGACUGCGAGGGAUUGAUUUUGAGGCCUACUGAUCUGGUGGUUAGAGCGUUUGAUGGCUCUAAAAGGGUUGUGUUCGGGGAAGUUGAGCUCCCCGUAAAGAUUGGUCCUGAGGUGUUCGAAUCUGUGUUUUAUGUCAUGGACAUUCAGCCGGCGUACAACUGAUUGUUGGGUCAUCCAUGGAUACACGCUGCUGGGGCAGUAACAUCAACUCUACAUCAGAAGUUAAAGUAUGUCUUGGAUGGGCAAGUCGUGACAGUUUGCAGCGAGGAAGAUAUUUUUGUCAGCCAGUUGUCUUCAUUUAAGUACGUGGAAAUGGACGGUGAAAUAUUUGAAACACCAAGCCAGGCGUUUGAAACCGUCAAGGUGGAGAAUGCCGUUUUCGCUGAAAGAGAGAAGAAGCCGUCCAUUGCUUCUUAUAAACAGGCUGUGGAUGUGGUGAAAAGUGGAGAGGCCCCAGGUUGGGGAAGAGUGUUAGAUGUUGCGGUGAAGGAGGAUAAGUUUGGGAUUGGUUAUCAGUCAGGCCGAGGCUCGUCUGGACAAAAUGAAGGUCGUCGCCAACCGUUCACAUUCACCAGUGCUGGAAUGCUAGAUCCAGGCCGCAUCUGUGUUGUGGGUGAAGAGACUGACAGUGACUGCGAGCUCGACUCGUGGAUAAAACCGUGCGUACCAGGAAUGGAGAUCCAGAACUGGAAAGCCGAUAAGAUCAUCACUGUCACUCUGCGUGAAGAGUAAUAUUUCUGUUUGUUAAUUCUGUUUGCAUGAAAGCCAUACGUUUCGUCUGAAACGUAAUGGUCCAUUGUAAGGGCUACCUCAUGUGUUUCAUUUUUCAU